GCAGCAGCAGAGGCAGAGGUGAAAAGUCUGGAUAUGUUUUCGUACCACAGGAGGCGUACUAACCGCCGAUGACAUUGUAAAUACUAAAUAACCUCUGGGUUGCACAGCACUUGGCGGUUCUGUCCACGGUGAGGAGAAUACAUAGAUGUUUAUGUUAGCCACUAAGCUAACACAAGAUAUUUGUUCGCUAGCUAACAGAGGACUGUGUUAGCUCUCCGCCGCUACCAUCCCCGCUUUGGGCCAGCUGUGCAUCGCCCUCUCUUCCUACGAUGGGAAACGCAGCCACUGCCAAGAAAGGCAAUGAACAAGAAAGCGUGAAAGAGUUCUUAGCUAAAGCCAAAGAAGAUUUUCUAAGAAAGUGGGAAUGUCCUCCACAGUGCACAACUGGCCUGGAUGACUUUGACCGAUUCAAGACAUUGGGCACUGGUUCGUUUGGGCGGGUCAUGCUUGUCAAACACAAAGGAACAAACCAAUUCUACGCCAUGAAGAUCUUGGACAAACAAAAAGUGGUCAAGCUAAAACAGAUAGAACACACUUUAAAUGAAAAGAGAAUUCUACAGGCUGUAUCCUUCCCCUUCCUGGUGAGACUAGUGUAUGCUUUCAAGGACAACUCAAACUUGUACAUGGUGAUGGAGUACGUGCCUGGUGGAGAGAUGUUCUCCCAUCUUAGACGCACUGGAAGAUUCAGUGAAAACCAUGCACGAUUUUAUGCAGCUCAAAUAGUACUCACUUUUGAGUACCUUCACUCUUUAGACCUCAUCUACAGAGAUCUAAAACCCGAAAAUCUGCUCAUAGAUCAACAUGGUUAUAUUCAGGUGACAGAUUUUGGCUUUGCUAAGAGAGUUAAGGGGAGGACCUGGACAUUGUGUGGGACCCCCGAGUACCUUGCUCCAGAAAUUAUCCUCAGCAAGGGCUACAACAAAGCUGUGGACUGGUGGGCUUUGGGGGUUCUGAUCUAUGAGAUGGCUGCUGGAUACCCUCCGUUUUUUGCUGAUCAGCCGAUUCAAAUAUAUGAAAAGAUUGUAUCCGGAAAGGUACGAUUCCCUUCUCACUUUAGUUCAGAUCUGAAGGAUCUCCUAAGAAAUCUACUGCAAGUGGACCUGACAAAGCGAUUUGGUAACUUGAAGAAUGGAGUCAAUGAUAUUAAAAAUCACAAGUGGUUCUCGACAACAGACUGGAUUGCCAUCUAUGAAAGAAAGAUUGAGGCCCCUUUCUUGCCCAAGUGCAGAGGACCUGGUGACACAAGUAACUUUGACGACUAUGAAGAGGAGGACAUCCGCGUGUCUCAAACAGAAAAGUGUGCAAAGGAAUUUGCAGACUUCUAGUGAAUGGGGAAGAGUCCCCUAAGGACUCACAGUUAGGAUGAUUGCACUCCUGAGGUUAAAUAUGGAAUUGAGGCUGUUACAUUUGGAGCUCAUUUCCAGUUCUUAAAUUCCACUCUGUAUUUAGUUGUGUGCCCUUUGCACAAAACAUACACAGACACAUUAGCCAGACAUGUCUUGUCUUGUGAAGCAAAAAAAUAUAUUUUUAACAAUUCAUUUUCAUUUUAAUUCCUCAAAUCUGCUUUAUAAGUGUUUCUUUUGAUCAAAAAUAAUAUUCAAAACCAAUGAGGACUGAAGACCCUUUUAGUAACUAGAAGUGUGUUGAACAUAUUUUUCUCAAACUAAAGGGAAUCUGUUUUCUUUCAUCUUUCUGGGAUUUUUAUGUGUCAAACAGGCAAAGGUAUUUUGGUAACCAUUCUGCAAUUCUGGUCACGUGACAUUGCCUCUAGAUAUGCAUAUAGAGGAAGAACAUGUGACUAUAAUUCUGAUAAAACUCAAUAGGCAGUGUGUUUAGUGGUUUAUAUUUCACACUGAUAACAAGUUUUCUGAGUUUCAACAUUUGACAGAUGGGUAUCUAGCAACAUGCAUCAUAUGAAUUCACUGCUGUACUAUUGUUACUGUAGCGUCUUUUUAUUCAUAUCUGGUCAUAAGACAGUUACUUUUACCUCAGCCUAAGUAUGGCAUUUAUUGUAUGAAGUAAAAUUAUAUAUUUUUCAGGUGCAACUUUCACAGGAAAGAAGGUAGCUAUAGGUUUUAAAUCACUCCAUACAACUGAAUAUGAUUCUUCUAAUGAACUACCAAGUGCAUUCUUACAGUAGACAUUGGAGCAAUGUGUGUGGUUAUAGUGGCAAUUUCAUUUUAUUCAUUAUCUUUGGAGCUAAGUCUUCCCCUGACAUUCUGUUAUUUUUAAAGUCAUAUUCUGUCUGUUUGUAUGUAAUCCUGUUCAAGUAGCAGUGACACAAAAAGUAUCCCACCUUUUGAUUUGUUAUUGAUGUUUCUGAUUUAUGGUUUUAGCCUGUGACACCUGCUGCUUCAUUUUCAAGAGUUGCUUCCAUAGUAGAAACAAAACAGAACCUCCAACAUUAUAAUCUUAGUAAUAAUUAAGGGGGACAUAUUGUGUAAAAUUGACUUUUAUCAACCCUGUUAUAACAGUGUUCUCUUAUUAUUAGCUUACUUAAAGUUGUUUUUCAAUUUAUUAAUUUAUUCAUUCAAUUUAUUCCUGUAUUGUUCUGCAUUUCUGGUUUGGGUGCUCAGAAAAUUUCUGUUUUCACCUACCCCCUCUCUUCAGACUCCAGAUCAGAAAUAGAGAUUAAAAAACAUUCAUGUGGCAAUUUAAAAUUUUGAAAUUUAAAAUAUAAACAUCUGCUGCUAUGGUAGAAAUAUCUCUAUGAAGUGAGUCUCAGUUCUGCUAUUUUUGAACAGGAAGUCACUGGAACUACUUUUAUUGUUAAAAUGUUUAUAUGUCCUUUUUACAGUCAAUUAUGGGGCAUUUGAUUUCAGGCCAACUUUGUAGUUUUGUAAAUCAGCUUUAAGAAUUGUUCAGCCCCAAUGACUUGCCCUAGUAUUGAUUGUUGACUUGGGGUCCUAGGUCACAGGUUGUAGCCUUUAAGUUCAGUUUGUAGCAUUGCGUUAACAGCCUAAGCUUCCAAAAUGGGUUAGAUGGUGUUUGACAGUGCUCACAUUAUAAGAGGGGAUUAGGAAGUCAAUCAUAAAUUAUUGUGAAAAUCAGGAUUGAGGGAAAAGGCCCAGAUCUUGUACUGUCAAUCAAUAUUCACUUUGACUGACUUUGUCUAUAGAGCACAUGCAUACACUUUCUUUUUUUUUUUUUUUGUAAACUGUAAUUUCUUCCCAGUAGGUUUUGUAUUGAUUUCUAUAUUGUACUAUUAUUUUCUUCUUAGAUGAACACUGGUAGGCUAAAUGUAAUUUGCAAUGGUGUUUCCGCAUGUACCAGAACUGCCUGUGUAUAAAUCUGAUAUUUCCAGGAUUUUGUCUGAAAUGUGCAGCUUCUGAAAAUGUGUUUCAAUGUGAUCAAUGUUUGUCAUUAUAUGAUCAUGUAAAUGGCAGCACUUUUCCUGAGCUCACGAUCCCUAAAUGGAGGAAAUCACUAUUUAAGCUCUUCACAACUGACCCAAUUUCCCUUGCUGAUCAGAAAUCAAAAUGGUCUUUUAUUUGGUAUGUGGCAUUUUUGCACUUUUGUUUUACCAAUAUUUAUUUACGUUUGCAAGGGGAGAUACUAUGCUGCAGCAUAUUUUAUUGUUAUGUCACUAUAGUACAUUUUUAUUAAAAAACAGAAAAUGAAUUGCCGAAAGGGGACUGCUUUUGUUGUGUUUGACUGCCCCUGUUACUGUAUUGGGAGAAUUCGUGAGGUAGGCGGGUAUCCUUCACUUGCGUAGUUCACAUAGACAGUAUUUUAUGUAUUAUCCCCACGAGGUGUUCCUACAAUAUAAUAUUUAGCUGUACUGUAAUUGUUAUUACUGGUAUUACACAAUACAAUUAUAAAAUACAGUAACUCGCUCUUCAUUACAGAGAGCUGCUGGGUCGUUAAAAACUUCAAUUCCCAUGAAUCUUCAGUGUCAUGUGGGCGAAGGAAGCUAAACCGAUACCGAUGGAGAGGUGCUAGUUGUCUUUACUUGAUUAAACCUAGAUUUACAUCAAAUGUAUAUUGUGUUUUAAUAAAUCUAGAUAGAUUUUUUUAAUAGACGGGAUUUUGUUACCGUUAUCGACUUUCUUUUGAAAAACAGGAAACGAACGUAAAAUAAGAGCCAUCUAGAGAAGGACGCUACAAGACAAACAUGGAGAUGCUAACAGAGUCUGUGAACUUCUGAUGAAAUUACGGCACUAUCAGACACU